GGGGCGAUUGGGCUAGAGCCACGGGCCCGUCGACCUUGGAGGAGUACCGUGCGCCCGUGGAGUGCGGCCUCCCAGCUGUGGCCGCCGCAGGUUUUUGAAACAUGAAUCCUUCACUCCUCCUGACUGCCCUUUGCUUGGGAAUAGCCUCAGCUACUCCAAAACUUGAUCCAAAUUUGGAUGCACAGUGGUACGAGUGGAAGGCAACACACAGGAGACUCUAUGGCGUGAAUGAAGAGGGAUGGAGGAGAGCGGUGUGGGAGAAGAAUAUGAAAAUGAUCCAACUGCACAAUCGGGAAUACAGCCUAAGGAAACAAGGCUUCACCAUGGCAAUGAAUGCCUUUGGCGACAUGACCAAUGAAGAAUUCAGGCAGGUGAUGAAUGGCUUUCAAAACCAGAAGCAACGGAAUGGGAAGGUAUUCCGAGAACCUCUCUUUGCUCAGAUCCCCUCAUCUGUGGAUUGGCGAGAGAAAGGCUAUGUAACUCCUGUGAAGAACCAGGGUCAGUGUGGUUCUUGUUGGGCUUUUAGUGCAACUGGUUCCCUUGAAGGACAGAUGUUCCGGAAAACUGGCAAACUUGUCUCGCUGAGUGAGCAGAACCUGGUGGACUGCUCUCGCGCUCAGGGCAAUGAGGGCUGCAAUGGUGGCCUAAUGGAUAAUGCCUUCCAGUAUGUCAAGGACAACAAAGGCCUGGACACAGAGGAAUCCUAUCCAUAUCUCGCAAGGGAAUCAAAUACCUGCAACUAUAAACCCGAGUAUUCUGCUGCCAACGACACUGGCUUUGUGGAUAUCCCUCAGCGUGAGAAGGCCCUUCUGAAGGCAGUGGCAACUGUGGGGCCCAUCUCUGUUGCUAUAGACGCAGGCCAUUCAUCGUUCCAGUUCUAUAAUGAAGGCAUCUAUUAUGAACCCAACUGCAGCAGCAAAGACCUGGAUCACGGUGUUCUGGUGGUUGGCUAUGGCUCUGAAGGAGGAGAAUCAAAGAACAAUAAGUUUUGGAUUGUCAAGAACAGCUGGGGUUCAGGAUGGGGCAUGAAUGGCUACGUAAAAAUGGCCAGAGACCAGAGCAACCACUGUGGAAUCGCCACGGCAGCCAGCUAUCCUACUGUGUGAGCUAAUGCGUAGUGAUAAUAGAAGCCUUGAGGACGGCACAUCCAGAGGAAUUUUAUCUUUAAACUGAUCAGACCUUUAUUGUGAAAGAUAAGAAACUUGAAUCAUUAAGGAUCCAAGUUGUGAUGUGAAUUCUGUGACAUUUUUAUAAGGGUAAAAUGUUACCAGUACUUUAAUUACUGUUAUAAAUAGCUUUAUAAUAUUGAGACUCAUUGCUUAAUUCUAAGACUUUUGAAUUUUCAUUUUUUAAAAGGAUAUAUAAAACUUUACCUUUUAAAAUAAAUUUUAAUCCAAUA